AUGUCCGUUUUCAACAAAGUACGUAAAAAUUUACCUCACAUCAAGCAAAACACCGAACUGCUGUUCAACAACACCGGAUUGUGUAUUAAAAUCAUAUCGUGCGUGUUGUCUGUGUGCUAUUUCUUCUCGUUUUGGUCCAAGAGCUCGACGGUGUUCGGCGUGACUCCCGGUUACUUGUUUCCGCCGUCGUUCUGGCUAUGGACACCAUUCACAUUUUGCUUCUUCGAAACCCACCUAUGGCAAGUACUGCUCGACAUCGCCAUGGUGGCCGUGUGCAGCAAGCUCAUCGAACCCCUGUGGGGUGAACUACAAGUGCUCGUGUUCUUUGCUGUCGUCAAUGUAGGAGUGGCGUUGGCAUGCGCCGUGUUCUAUUACAUCCUUUACAUGUGCACCUGGGACCCGGAAUUGUUGUUCUCGGUGCACGUGCGCGGACUGGCUGGAUAUCUAGCCGGCGUCACCGUGGCUGUAAAACAGAUCAUGCCUGACAGCACCGUGCUCGACACGCCAGCCGGACGCAUCACCAACCGCAAUGUACCCUUGUACACAAUAUUCAUUGCACUCGUACUCUGGUUCAUCGGUUUUGUCGAUGGCACGAAACCGACAAUGGUUAUCAGUGGAGUGUUGAUGAGUUGGACGUAUUUGAGGUUUUAUCAGAUUCAUACAAAUGGAACAAGAGGUGAUAUGGCUGACAAUUUCACUUUUGCAAGUUUUUUCCCAGUUAUUGUUCAACCACCGAUUUCAGUUUUGUCAAAUUCAGUAUACAGCAUUUUCGUAAAAGCUGGUAUAUGCAGAAAGACUGUACGCAGAGUUGAUAUUGCCAGUGCACCAACUGGCAUUACUGUCGCAUUGCCUGGUAUUCGAUCACUUGAUAUGGACAGAAGAAAAUUGUUAGCCUUGAAAGCUCUUAAUAGCCGAUUAGUUGAUACUUCCAAAGAUACUCCAAGAAUAGAUAAUAUUGAAUCUGAAAGAAGAGACUCUGUGGUUAUAUCAAUCGGAGAUACAGAACAGACUUCAAAACUAUUGCCUACUAAUAUGGUGUCAAAUAAAACAACGUAG